GUGAGAGUAGCCGCUGCUCACAAUCAAGCUUGUUUCAGCAGCGCCAUGGGAAGUGGUGCUGCUGUCUUCGGUAGUGCGAGCGUGGGAUACCAAAGCGUGAAGUACACAGCGCCCACGUUCAGCGGAGACGCCAAGAGCUUUUCUUCGUGGGUAGAGGAAUUUUUGAUGGCAGCGAACACAGCAAACCUUCUUGAGCUUUUCGAGGAGGGGGGGGCGGAGAUCCCCGUAAACAGUGGGCACAGCAAAGUCCAACUGUCCAGGUUUAACCCGACGACAAAGUAGAGCUCGCUUUCCACGCGUGGAAUUUCCUCCGUGGAGCUCUCAAGGACGAGAAAGACAGGACAAUAAUGAAGCGAGCUGAGUCGCCCCUGGGGGCGCUCCGUGAGCUGAAGGGGUUGUACGACCCAGAAUCGUCCAUGCAGCCUGCGGAUGAGUUAAAUCCCUGACAUCCAAGAAGAUCCCGAUGGCAGGGAAUCCGCAACAUACUCUCAACAGAAUGCUCGCCACCGCAGAGUCCCUUUCGAAACGGGCGCUUGAUGUUAACGAAACCUUCGUUUUGCACCUCUUCUUGGAUGCCCUCUCCAACGAGUACGCUAUGACCAAGCACGCCCUCAGACACAAGGAGAGGUUGACAAGGAGU